UCGCACGUGCGUUCAUACCACGAUCGAUACACCGAGAUCGAGAUGAUGUUACCUAACCUAACCAGCAAUAGUUAACGUGGCAACCCUCAGCUGUCAAAAGUUCACCGGGAGGUUGUCAACCGAUUUCGAAAUACAGGAAUGUGUUUUUGUCGAUUAUCUUCAACUGUUCACAGUUCGAAACUUGCUUUGUACAGAGAAUCAAAAUAAAAAAUGGUCCGAAUCGCGUUCUUACAUCCAGAUCUUGGAAUCGGUGGUGCAGAGAGGUUAGUCGUUGACGCGGCUUUAGCUUUAAAAAAUAAGGGUCACAAAGUUAGCUUUAUAACUUCUCAUCAUGACCCCGAACAUUGUUUUUCUGAAAUCAAGGAUGGAACCAUUCCUGUUACUGUUGUUGGUGACUGGUUACCGAGGAGCAUUUUUGGAAAAUUUUUUGCUCUCUGCGCAUAUGUCAGGAUGGUGUAUGCCGCAAGCUACAUGUUUUUCCUGAAAGACAGACCUGAUGUAGUAUUUUGUGAUUUAGUCUCGGUAUGCAUCCCUGUACUGCGAUUAUAUAUUCCACAUGUUAUUUACUACUGCCAUCACCCAGAUCAAUUACUGUCGCCACCCGGUAGUCAAUGGAAAUCUUUGUAUCGAGUACCCUUGAAUUAUUUAGAGGAAAUAACUACUGGGCAAGCUGAUAAGAUAUUUGUAAAUAGCAAGUACACUGGAACGGUGUUCAGAAAUACUUUUACACGGCUACAAGUGUGCCCUGAAGUUUUGUACCCAUCAAUCAAUACAGAAUUUUUUGAUAAGACCAGAGUUGUGUCGCUAGACAGAGCUCUGGAUAAAAAAUUCCCUGACAGUACUAUUGUGUUUUUGUCGAUCAACAGAUAUGAGCGGAAAAAGAACUUAAAUUUAGCGAUAGAAGCUCUUGCGGAAUUGAAAGAACUCCUCCCUGAGAAAGAAUAUGAGAAGGUGCAUCUAAUUAUGGCUGGAGGGUAUGACAAACGUGUAGAAGAAAAUGUUGAGCAUUAUUUAGAAUUAACAGGUUUAGCGGAUGAACUGCAAGUUGCCGAUAAAAUAACAUUCCUUAGAUCUCCUUCUGACAGCGACAAACUUUCGAUAUUAAGUCACUGCAACGCUUUGAUAUAUACUCCGCCUAAUGAACAUUUUGGUAUUGUUCCGCUGGAGGCAAUGUAUAUGGAGAAAUUAGUGAUUGCCAAUAAUUCGGGUGGUCCGACUGAAUCAAUUAUCGAUGGAGUUAGCGGUUUUCUCGUUGAUUUAUCUGCCAAAGCCUUUGCUCAAAAAAUGGCUAUUGUUGUAACAGAUAGAGCGAUUGGAUCGAGAUUUGGUAAGGCAGGUAAAGAACGAUUCGUAAAAACAUUCAGCUUUGCAGCAUUCGCUAAUCAGCUAGAGGAAUCCAUACAGAAUUUGAUGAGUGGUAAAAAAAACAAUUGAUUUUUAGUUGUAGUUGAAAUAAAUUGAUUACAGCACUUAUUUGAAGUGCGAAUUUGUUGUGAUUUCAUUAAUCUUCUGCUAUGUUUAGUAAAGUUAUCUCAUCUUCAUGAUUUACAUCAGAGACCAAAUAAAUUUCAAUAAUUCA